UCGCUGGAGCGGCGGUCGCUGCUGAUGUUCUCCAAGGCGCACCUGCGCAUCGUGUUUGACGACCUGAAGCUGCUCCGGCGCUUCUCGGCCUUCCUGGUCGACGGGCGGCCCGACCUCGUCCCUUUACUGCUGUACCACCUCGACGUGCGCAAGGCCCUCGCCGCCAUCAAGUACACCAACGCCGUGGUGGAGGGGCUGCGGCCCCUGGAGGGGGUUUCCUUUAGCGCCCAGGCGCCGCCGCGGACGGCCAACGAGGAGCUGCGGGCCAAAGCCGAGGAGUCGUUUGAGGCUCUGGCGAACGAGGCGCUGCCGGCUUGGGUCACGUCUGUGUGGCAGCGCGCGGUGGAGGUGAGCAUUCGGAGGAGGAUUGAUGGGGGGUUGCCUUCUAAGCUUUUGGAUAUGUCAGAGGGUUUGGCAGAGACUUUUUGUCUGGUUGAUCCUGCUCGUCACGAUCAACCGAUUCUCUUUGCUUCAGAAGAAUUCAACAAGACCACCCAGUAUUCGAAUAAAUAUGCAAUCGGGCGGAACUGCCGGUUUCUGCAGGGGCCGCACACAAACCCACACGCCAUCCGUCGCAUCAGGGAGAAGCUCCAGAGCGCCCAGCAGCACUACGAGCCGCUCCUGAACUACCGCAGAGACGGGUCACCCUUCAUGAACCUCCUCAUGAUGACGCCCCUGCUCGAUGCAAACGGUAAAGUGCGAUACUUCCUCGGCGCGCAGAUUGAUACGUCGGGCCUGCUCAACGACUUUUACGGGUUCGAGUACCUGCACAAGUACCUUGACCGAGAAGGCUUCACGUUUAUCGAGCAGGACGGCGGCAACAAGAACGGCGCCGGCGGGAUGGCGACGUCCUUCGAAUCACCGCUGGGCCUGCACGACGCCAAGGACGAGCUGCAGGAGCUGAGCGAGCUGUUCAACCACCACGAGCUGGACGUCAUCUGCAAGCACGGCGGGCGGCAGCGCCACCCAGACCUCCUGGAACAGCAGACGUCCAAGUGGAAGAGAAAGGAGCGGCUCACAGACGAGUUCGACCAGAUGCUAGGUGCCUCCUCGUCUACCGCCACCUCCGCCGACUCGUCGCUCCUCGGCGGCCAGGCCCAACUGGGUGGCCAGCUCGGCGGCGUCUACGACCGCUACCUCCUCGUGCGGCCCGCCCCCUACCUUCGCAUCGUCUUCGCCUCGCCCUCGCUGCGCAUCCCGGGCAUGGUCCAGUCCAACCUGAUGGACCGCAUCGGCGGGUCGCCGCAGAUGCGCCAGCAGAUCGAGCAGGCCAUGGGCCGCGGGCAGAGCGUCACCGCCAAGGUGAAGUGGAUCUCGGCGCCGCAGAAGCGAGUCCCACAGCAGCAGCAGCAGCAGGCCAACGGCGGUGGUGGCCUGGGCGUCGGGCGCGCCAGAUGGAUCCACGCCACGCCUCUGCUGGGGCGGGACGGCGAGGUCGGCGUGUGGAUGGUCGUUUUGGCGGAUGAGGAGCGCGAGAAGGAGAGGCUGGGCGUGCCGAAUGGUGGUGGCGGUUUGUUGUCGGGCACGGCCAGUGGGCGGAGUAGUAUGCUGCCGCCGCCGCCAGAGGCCAUGUCACCUGGCAUGAGGUCGAGCAACGGGAGUGUGCAAGGUGGUGGUGGCAUGGAUGCCGUCUCGUUGGUCUCGACUGUCGACUUGGACGGGUACAAGGAGAGGGACUCUGCGGUCGAGGGGCUGAGGUCUCCACCGCCUAGUCGGGGCCAGCAGAGGGUUGUGCCUUUGUUUGAGUAG